AUGUGCCUAAAUGGAAAAGUAACGACGAAAUGUUAUCAUUACUUUGUGCCAUGUCGAGCAAAACAGACUUGUCGUCGUUCAAUAAUACCUCACCUCACCUCACCAAUUGAGUUCCUUAAUUCAACAAAAAUGUCAUCAGGAAACCUGCAACCACUUCUCGCAGAAUACUUGAUCCUAUCGUUGCCUCAAUCAACUAAUGCUCAACAAUGGUUAGAGCAAUCGUUAAACAAUGGCAAACAACCAUUGUUCAAGUUGAACGUUCCCGACUUUCAAAGUGGUACCUUGGACUCCCUAGUCCAAGAGAGUGAAGAGAUUAGCAAAAUAGACCAACAAUUAGGUGCUUCUGUGUCCAAAGUUGUUGAUAUCGUGAACAAUGUCAAUGAUUCAAAGAACGCUUCUCGAAUUGUUCAGUCAAGAUCGGUGUUUGACUAUGUACAAAACUUUCAAUGGAAUUCAUCUAAAUAUAGAUUAGAUAAGCCAAUUAACCAAUUGGUAAAGAUAAUUUCCAAUGAGGCAUUGUCGUUAGAUAAUGAUGUUAGAGCAUCUUACCAAGCUUAUCAAACUGCAAAGUCCAACUUCUUAGCAGCUGACAGGAAAAAGAACGGCGACUUGUCAAUAAAGUCGUUGCACGAUAUUGUUAAGCCGGAACAAUUUGUCCAAGAUUCGGAACACUUGAUCACUUUGCCCAUAGCUGUUCCCAACAGUCUUGUUUCUGACUUCAAAAAUAAUUAUGAAACUUUGACCCAAUUUGUCAUACCUAGGUCAGCAGAAGUAAUUGAAAAGGAUAAGGACUUUACUUUGUUUGCUGUUACCUUGUUUAAAAAGUAUCAGCAAGAAUUUAUCAACAAUGCACGAGAGCGCAAAUGGCAUCCCCGUACAGAUUUUGUCUAUGAUGAUGAAAUACUCAAUAAUUUGAGAAAGGAAUUUGACACUACAAAGGCAGCUGAAGUGAAACUGAAAAACGAUCUCAUCAGAUUGAGUAAAACGGCAUAUCUGGAUAUAGUAGCAAGUUGGUUUCACAUAAAAGUGAUUAGAGUCUAUGUUGAAGCAGUGUUGAGGUAUGGAUUACCACCUCAAUUUGAUAACUUCUUGAUUAAGUUUGAGGGCUCUAAUUUAAAGAGUGUUGGUAAAGCUAAAAAGGAAUUAAUUGAAAAAUUUGGAUACCUUGGAGGUGAUGGGUAUUCAAAUAAAGCCAACUUACACGAGUAUGCUUCAUUGGUCGACACUGACUACGAGCCAUUUGUGUUGUAUGAAUUUGAAAUUGUCUAG